AUGUUCUCUGUGAAUGAUGAUCGGCAACCGGAGGUGUUUAAAGCCAAACUGGAGACUACGCUGAACAUCGGGUCGAUUAGUUUUGGAGACAAUCGACCGAAGUGUCUGAUUGUGGACGAGAUAGACGGGGCACAUGCGGGCGCCGUCAAACACCUGGUCAAUCGGCUCAAUGAGAUCCCAACUAAGAAAACUAAGGCGAAGAAGUCGAAAA